GAGCCGAUCUCGCAUGAUUUCGUGAAUAUUUCAAUCAGAUUUUUCUCUCCACAGGUAACACAAAAAAAUCCAUAUAUCUACCAUCCUCAACCCUCUUUGCUCCCAACUCCACCGAACCAACACUUCCUCACGCUUCAAAGUCUAUCCUCAACCCACCCAAUCCAUCACCAUGCGCACCUCAAUCCCCUACCUCUCUCUAACCCUCUACUUCACAACCCUCAUCCAAGCCUUCAUCUCCCUCUCAGUCCCCAAACGCAUCACAGCCGGUAUCCCCACCGAAAUCCUCAUCACCAACGACCUCGACCAACCCACCUCCACAGACGCCACCACCGACACCUUCCGCAUCUACCUCUGGCACAACACCAACAUGUGCUACCUCCUCCGCCAAUGCCCCAUCAGCACCACCAAACUCAACAUCAACAUCCCACCCAGCGCGGGUCCAAACGACCACUACAUCCUCGUCGCCAUGCAAGUCACGCUCCCGCCACAUCCCUUCGUCAACCCCAUCUUCACGAAUAGCGCGGGCUUCAACUUGACGGGUGCGACGGGGAGCUGGUCGAAGUAUGAGACGAGUUUGGCGGCGGUGAGGUUGCUGACGGAUCCGGAUCGUGUGCCGUGUGAGGCGAUGGCCUGCGCGAGGGAUUGUGUGGUGGAUUUUGAUGAGGAUCAUGCGGAGAGGGUUUAUGAUCGGGCGCAUUAUGAGUGUUUGAAGAAGUGUCCUGGGGUGGAUUAUCCUAGUGUAAGUUUGAAGUUCUUUGCUUUUCUUCGCCUCCUACAGUUGUUUUCCAACCCCAUUCCCCAUGGCCUGAAAAAACUUCAUCUCCAUCGUAUUUUUUUUUAGGAAGUAAAGAGAUACUAACCACCAACCCAGUGGGAAGAAUACCAAAACCCCAGCACCACAUCCCCCACCCCCUCCCUCUCAUCCUCCCAAAAAUCAUCAAUUUCCUCAACCACAUCACUAAGCCACGACACCACCAACACGACAACCGCCAUUCAACCGACCUUGACUCCUCAACUACCACCUGUUGCACCCCUCGUCCCAGUCUCAACAGGCACCCCCACACCAGCGCCAACUAAGAGUCAGAGUCCCAGCUUUGCGAUCUCGAUGGAGAUUUGCUCGCUGGUUUUCAUUUGUGUGGCUGUUCAUUUGGGAGUUUGGCGGUGGUGAGUAUAUCGCGGGAGCGAAGUUGGGAGACGAGGUGAUGGUUUUUCAAUGGGGUGUUAGGGAGUUGAAAAGGGGUCUUAUGGUUUACUUAUGAAUGCUUGUUUUGAUACAAGGGCUAGAAUCGGAUACUAUUUCUUCUCCUUCUAAUUUUUAGAUAUCAAUAUCAUAGACUAGAAGCGAGAUUUCGCCGAGGAAGGACGUGG